GGGAAAAGAAAACUUUCUUUGUCGGAGGCUUCCUGGAAGCUUCUGUGUUGGAUCGGAUGGAGGCGCGUGGAAUAUGAAAUAAACCCCCAACAUGGUGCUGAUGACCGAGCAGGCGGACCGACCUGUGACCCCCCUCCCCGCCCCGGAGCAGCUCUCCGGCAGGGACUCCCGAGGGAACCGGUCGGAGGCGGAUCCCGGCGGGGAGAGGAGACGCAGGCGGCGGGGGGGCUCACCUGGAGGCCUCCAGCUGUGUCUGGACACGGAGGCGGACCCCUCGGAGGGCCACAGGAAACCAGCCGGCAUGAGACCCAAAGCGGCCGAGCGGCCGUCUCCGCUGCCGAGUCCGAAGGUCGAGAGGAAGAAAUCCCAGCACACUCACCUAUCCAAGACAAACGGCCAGUAUCACAAGUUGUUCAAGGAGGUCAGAAGAGAGGAGCUCCUUAAGCAAAGCUACACCUGCGCCCUGCAGAGAGACAUCUUGUACCAGGGAAAAAUGUUCGUCUCCGACAACUGGAUCUGCUUCCACUCCAAAGUCUUCGGCAGAGAUACCAAGAUUUCCAUCCCGGCGGCGUCCGUGACCUUCAUCAAGAAAACGAAAACGGCGCUGUUGGUGCCGAACGCGCUGGUGAUCGAAACAAUAAGUGAUCAGCAUGUGUUUGUUUCCUUUCUCUCACGAAACAACACCUACAAACUCCUCAACUCCAUCUGCAUUCAUCUGGACGUGGACAAGACUUGUAGCAGCUCCUUUAUUUCCUCCUGUGAGAACAGCUUCCGGGGGAAAUGCCCCACGUCGCUUCCUCUGGACUUUUCUGCAGACUUCUCCCGCCUGGGUGGAGUGGUGCAGCAGAGGCGACAGGAGAUGAUGGAGAGCAGCAGCUCCGGCUCCCAGACUCCAGAUUAUGACAAAAUAUCUGCGCGUCGGGCUCGGGGCGCCGCAGUCACAGGGUUCUCAUUCUGUGCGUUUCGGGCAGACUUCCCGGACGCGUUUCUGAGUGCAGUGAAGGGCGCCGAGGUGUCGGUCCACGCCGACGUUCACCGUCAGACGCCGAGCCAAAACCACGGAGCCGCCCUGAAGAACGGGUCCACGAAGCUCAAAGACAAACCCUUGCAGCCAGCGUCCCUGCAGGCCGUCCUCCUCCUCUAUUUGUUUCUGGUCGCUGUCCUCGUCCUGUCCUCCUGCUACAUGGCCUUCAAGAUCGUGGCUCUGGAGCAUCGGCUGAACUCCCUGGUCUCCGUGGGCCGACACGUCCGCGCCGCGGACGCGGUGAGCCAGCGGCCUCCGGAGGACGUGAGCGCUGAGAUCUACGGAGAGCUGUCCUCCAACUUGUUCAAGCUAGAAAAGAUUCAAAGAAACCUGCGGAAGCUACUUGAAGAGACUUGAAAGAAGACGCGUGUCCGUCCGGACGGAAGCUUUUCUUUCCUAAUAGAGAUGUUGGUUUAUCACUGAAGAUCAGCAGAGAUCACGCUUGGUGACAGAUUGGUUGCCGGCCGGGUGAUUUUAGAAAGCCUUUUUUAAAACAGAUUGAACUUUGUGCAAUAAUAACUUCUUUCCUCGUUCCACUCAGGACUAUUUUAUUACUUUUUAAAAACACAAUGCCGUGCACGAGCGUAAACUGGGUCCACGCCUUAGUGAGGAGAACCUCUAGGCAUGUGUGCAGUAUUUAUCUGGGAACUUUUUAUUUUAGAUUUCACAACGGUGUUUCUUUUUUUUAAGGUCCAAAGGUCAUAUUUCCAUGUUUUCCAAACAUGUCUUAAAAGGUCAAUUCUAUUAUAUUUAUAUCAUGUGUAAAAAUCACUCCGAUAUGUAGAUGGUAGCACAACAUCUUUGAAUGACAUUUCAAGGCGACUUCCUGUUACAGUGUGUUGUACCAGAAAAUAGAAAGUGAGCUGCUUGUGUUUCUUAGGUGAAACGUGUGAUUUUUUUUUGUUGUUUUAAAUGUGUGUGUUUUUUUUUAAACCAUGUACCUUGUAGUUUGAUCCUCUUAAUUUCAGAGCUUCUCAGUUCUAGUUUAAAAUGCAUUGUCCUGUGCUUUUCAACAGAAACUUAGAUCCUUCUUGCUGUCGAGUGUGUAGCAAUAGACCUCUCAAUCAUUCCGGGAGCAAGGGAGAGAAAAAAAAGGAUUGUGCUUCGUUUACAUUUAGAUCACAGACCGCCUUUAACUGUUUUCAAUAAACGUCUGUGAUACGCUU